CUCAAUGCUCCAAAGCUUUGUGUCCACUAUUUCUUGAGUCCUUCGUCAAACUGGAACUUGGCUCCAAGUGGCCACCGUGGAGCCGCUCCCUCUUUCCUCUUUCUCUUUUUCUGCUUCGUGGAAUUUUCAGCAGCAGGGCUUCUGUCCCAAACCUAACUUUGGUGUACAUUAAUAAUACCCCUCUUAGCUUUUUAUAUGUUGCCUCUCCUAUUGGUUUUCUGGUCAAGUAUUUUCUUUUUUGGUGGAAAAUGGAGGCCCAGCUGUUUACAGUGGCUUCAGCCUCUGCUUCACUGACUCUUCUUCUUCCUCCUUCGGAUUCCUCAAAACCCAUUUCCCUUUUCCCCCCUCCAACCCAUCGAUGGAAUUCCAACGGCUUUUUCAAAAUUGUCACCUGCGCUGCUCCGAAGCAUGGCAUUCACUCCACUGAAGCAAUUGAAACUACUAUCGGAUUGCCAAGGAAAAAUAGGGUUGAUGAGACUAAAAUAUAUACCCUUGAGGGUAUAAGGAGUAAUUUGAUUCGACAGGAGGAUAGCAUAAUUUUCAACCUUUUGGAGAGGGCUCAGUUCUGUUUCAAUAAACAGACAUAUAAUGCUGAUGCUUUUGCCAUGGAUGGAUUCAGAGGUUCUUUGGUUGAGUACAUUGUCAAAGAAACUGAAAAGCUUCAUGCUAGUGUUGGGAGAUAUAAGAGCCCCGAUGAGCAUCCUUUCUUCCCAGAUGAUUUACCUAACCCACUGUUGCCGCCUUUGCUGUACCCACAGGUUUUGCAUCCUGCUGCUAAUUCGAUUAAUAUCAAUCUCAAGAUAUGGGACAUGUAUUUCAGAAAUCUUCUUCCUAGAUUAGUUAAAGAAGGUGACGAUAGUAAUUAUGGAUCAGCAGCCGUUUGUGACACAAUUUGCUUGCAGGCCUUGUCAAAGAGAAUCCAUUAUGGUAAGUUUGUUGCAGAAGCAAAAUAUCGGGCCUCACCAGAUGUUUAUAAUGCUGCUAUUAAAGCACAAGACAGUACCCGACUUAUGGCUUUGUUAACAUACCCAGAAGUGGAAGAGGUUAUCAAAAAGAGAGUAGAGAUGAAAACCAGAACUUAUGGGCAAGAGGUGACUUUAGGUGGGGGAGAAAAUGGAACUGAUCCAGCUUACAAAAUCAAUCCAUCUCUAGUAGCUGAUUUAUACGAGGACUGGAUCAUGCCAUUGACAAAGAAAGUUCAAAUUGAAUAUCUUCUGAGAAGACUGGAUUAAAUUGGUACAAGUGUUCAUAAAUUGAUGCUUUUGUUAAUGUAAUGGUGGAUGAGAGUGUGCUGAAAAUGUUUACCCUUCUUGCUGUAUACUUGUGGGUUCAGACUUCAGAGGCACUAGAUGGCUGUGAACACAAAUCGGGUGGUGUUGGAGAUAGAAUCCAGUUCUGGAGAAUAUUGGAGUUGUCUAGUGUUUAAAAUUUUGAGGCUUAUGCUAUUGUGGUAUAUAUAUAUUUUUUUAAAUUAUCAUCAUUAUUCUAAGUGUAUAGGAAGGUGGUGAAAUCACUCGUUUUAAUUGGACAAUUGUGGAAGCAACUCUAGUAUGGAGUUAAAUGCACUGUACCCUUGAAUUUUACCUUUAGUUGAACUUUAUCUUCCUGAAUUCAUUGAAUAAGCACUUUAUCUUUUUAUUUGAUA